UAUAUAUAAGACCCACGCUCGAAUUUCACUUUUUAUUCUGGUGUUGACGGCCGCCGAAGCUACACUGACACAUUCCCGGCCAUUUAACGACCACGUGUACGACACCAACACACGCACUCACACUACAAACACGCACGCACUCAUUAUCCACAUACACACAAACAUACACAUACACUCACACACACAUAUCGAUACAUUUAUAUAACUUCUUCUGUCCCUAUAACAAUGUUUAUCUGAACUCUUAACACACACACACACACACACACACACACACACAAACACUGAAAAAUAACUCUAUAUGAAAACGAACGUGGAUUUUUACAGUAAUUGAUAUAAGAGAGAAAAACAAAGAAAUAACGUGCAAGAGGAUAAUUAAAUAUAAAAAAGAACGCAAGAACAAUUAUUGAGAGAGGACUUUAGUAAACACAAUGUCACGUGACUCGAAAGGAACAAGAUAAACAAAGAAGAAGAACAAGAAGAAUUGAAGAGGAAGAGGAAGAACAACAAAAAUGAAAUUACUCUUCCAACUAAAGGUGUGGGUGGUGGUCAUGGUCGUCGUGGUCCUCUUCGUCAGCCUGUCCGAGGAGACCAGACCACGGCCCCCGAUGAGAGGGCCCCCCUACCCCCCCAGACGGCCCCAUAGACCACCUCCAAGGCCACACAAGGCACCCCCGAGACCCCGCCGGCCCCGCCCCAACUAUGGCCCGCCCCGCAAACCCCAGAAACCUAGCUAUGGUCCCCCUCCUAAGGCCCCAAAACCUAGCUAUGGCCCUCCUCCUAAAGCCCCUAGUCCUAGUUAUGGCCCUCCUCCUAAAGCCCCCAGUCCUAGUUAUGGCCCUCCCCCUAAGGCUCCUAGCCCUAGUUAUGGCCCUCCACCAGAAGAGCCUAGUAGUAGCUAUGGUCCACCUCCUGAAUCUCCUAGUUCUAGCUAUGGUCCGCCCCCUGAAUCUCCUAGUUCUAGCUAUGGCCCGCCCCCUGAAUCUCCUAGUUCUAGUUAUGGCCCGCCCCCUGAAUCUCCUAGUUCUAGCUAUGGCCCGCCCCCUGAGGCCCCUAGCUCUGGGUAUGGCCCCCCGAAGUCAACUAACGUGAUUGUGGACUCCGGAUAUGGUGGUGGUGGUGGUGGUGGUGAUGGAGGAGGGUAUGGUGGCGGUGGUGGUAGUGGAGGUGGUGGUGGUGGAGGUUAUGGUGGCGGUGGUGGUAGUGGAGGUGGUGGUGGUGGGUAUAGUGGUGGUGGUGGUGGUGGAGGUGGUGGAGGUUAUGGUGGUGGCAGUAGCAGUGGUGGUGGUGGUAGUGGAGGGUAUGGUGGCGGUGGUGGUGGUGGCGGCGGCGGUGGAGGUUAUGGUGGAGGUAGUAGUAGUGGUGGUGGAGGUGGAGGUGGGUACAGUGGUGGUGGUGGUGGUGGUGGCAGCAGUAGUUACGAGUCCCCAUCCGCUCCCUCUUACUCACCACCAUCACCAUCAUCGUCAUCAUCGGGUGGGUUCGGGUACGGUCCACCAAAGGGAGAUGACGAAGCCUACGAGCCGGUCUUCUCUCCCUUCCCUUCCUUCGAUGACAUAGCGGACUUCGGGAGUUUUGGGUCCUAUCCCCCGCCCGCGCCCCUCUUCUCCCUACCUGCACCCUCGCCCUCCUAUUCUGCCCCCUCACCAUCCCCGUCACCAUCCUAUUCUGCCCCCUCACCAUCCCCGUCACCAUCCUAUUCUGCCCCCUCACCAUCCCCGUCACCAUCCUAUUCUGCUCCUUCACCAUCCUAUUCUUCACCAUCCCCGUCACCAUCCUAUUCUGCUCCUUCACCAUCCUAUUCUGCACCAUCACCUUCACCUUCCUAUUCUGCGCCUUCACCAUCCCCCUCACCAUCCUAUUCUGCGCCUUCACCAUCCCCCUCACCAUCCUAUUCUGCGCCUUCACCAUCCCCCUCACCAUCCUAUUCUGCGCCUUCACCAUCCUCCUCACCAUCCUAUUCUGCGCCUUCACCAUCCCCCUCACCAUCCUACUCAGGCCCCGAUCAGGGCUACCUGCCCCCUCCCUCCGACCCCCUUCCCUUCACCAAGUUACAGUGCCCCGUCGCCCGCCCCGUCACAAAGCUACGGUGCCCCUCCUGUCCCGUCACCAAGCUACAGCGCCCCAUCUCCUGCCCCGUCGCAAAGCUACGCGCCCCAUCUCCUGCCCCGUCGCAAAGCUACGGUGCUCCUCCCGCCCCGUCCCCAAGUUACAGCGCCCCAUCUCCUGCCCCGUCGCAAAGCUACGAUGCCCCGCCCGCCCCGUCACCAAGCUAUAGUGCCCCGUCGCCAGCCCCGUCACAGAGUUAUGGUGCCCCUCCCGCCCCGUCACCAAGUUAUAGUGCCCCGUCCCCCGCCCCGUCACAGAGUUAUGGUGCCCCUCCCGCCCCGUCACCAAGUUAAAGUGCCCCGUCGCCCGCCCCGUCGCAGAGUUAUGGUGCCCCUCC